CAAGGAAUUUCCGCCACAUCAGGGACUCAAAUCUAAAAAAAUCUUCCGGAUGAUCGCGUUUCCAAGUUGGUAACUUUUACUCUUUCGACCGUUGCGCCCAGGCGCUCGGCCAUUCUUCAUCAACUUCGUCUUCAUCAGCGGCUUCGCCAUAGCCAUCCUUGAAAGCUAUACCUUGUUUCGUAAGGUAUAGCUACCAAUUCGUCUAUUCACUAUCAUUUUGAGAUGGCCCAAGUAGCUCCGGGCUUGGGGCCGGAUCGCAACGAGCCUCCGUGCUACAAUUGUGGAGUACGGGGCCAUAUGUUCACCGCAUGCCCCGAGGAGCCUCGGAAAGUACCGGCUGGGUUGGAGGCCUCUUGGGCACGGCAACAGUCAAGUAUCAGUCCUCACAAUGAUAGCUAUACACCAAAUAAGCGAAGCAAGGGACCGGUGAUAACGCGUUACCCUCCUCCACCUCUUCCUUCGUCUUCUCAUCACACGCCCCCGUUGCCUCGUUUUGAGAAUCCUCUGCCUCAGCCUUAUCAAUCGGGGCCUAUUCAGAGUUACCCUCCGCGACCGUCUUAUAGUCCAGGAUUUGGAAACCACCCGCCGUCUGGCCCGCCUUAUGAUCGAUAUGGACCUCCGGGACCACCAGGUCCGCCGGGUGCAUCGCCGGUGCCACCCGGUCCUCAUCGUCCACUAGAGCCACCAGCUUAUCGCGGCGCGUAUGGUCCUCCGUACGGUGCCCCGGGCUCAGUUCCUGGGCCUUAUGAAUCACAUUAUAAUCCUCCCCCGGGACGUCCUAGCUCUUAUUUUUCUACUGAUUACCCUCCCGUCCCUCCCAGUCGAGCGGAUCCCUACCCCCCAAACCCAUAUUCCCACGGUCCGCCUGGUCCCCCUCCAUAUGGCGUGCAACAAUUUCCUCCAGGUCCUCCGCCGCCGUAUCUACCACCGACUAGUUUUACUCAACCGCCCACACCGUAUGGGUACCGUGGACCUCCUCCCGGGUAUCCCCAAAAUGAUUACAGUCCACCCCAACGCGAUCCUCCCCCACCAUUUUACCCUGGGUACCCGCCACCUCCCGACCCCUCUUAUGGUCAAUCACAUGGAGACGAUAGAGAUCGAUAUCAACGCGGUCGAGGUCAUCAACGCCGUUAUGACGAUAGACGCCCGACCGAAGCUUGGCAUCCUCAGGAUGCAUGGCACAACUCUCCGCCGCCGAACGAUCUCACUUACAGGGACGAUCAUCGUGAUAAUCGGCAUGGGAGAUCCUCAUAUCGAGACGAUCGGCAACCUCGCAAAUGGGGACACGGUAGGCCCGGGGAGGAACGGCGUCGAGACCGUCAUAAUCAACAUCACCCAUACAAAAGUCAGGAUAAAUCAGACAAACAUCAUCGGCGAAAGCAACAAUCGGCAUCAACCCCGAACCAAGGACCUCGUGCACGAAGCCCUCUAGAUAGAAAAGCACAAUUAACCGUCAAGACCGACGAAGACCGCGAGCCCGGGGAGAUUGUAUCUGAGCCAACUUCUGCAUCAGAUCGCGGUAAUCUAGACAUUGCAUCUAACGCGACUCUAAAGAAUAACGACGAGGAAUUCGAUUGGGACGAACAAACCAUCUUCCUAGAGCUCCCGUUGGAGAGCAAGGUAGAUCCCAUUGCAGCACCUUUACCAACUAACUAUUCCGAAGAGGUGAUGAUACCUCCUGCGUUUGAUGCCAAAUCUUUAAAGUCGCGAUUUAUCUCGCCACGCAAUAUCGAUGAUUUUGCGCAAGGCAUCCGCGAAACUAGGGACUGGCAGAUAAUGCAACACCACCCCGCAUUCCUCGAUGUGGUGGAAAUUCGCCUCGAGAAGUUGGAUGAUUACGAGAGGGCGAUCCAGAAAGACAUUGCUAUGAGGAAUAGCCGCCGAGACCGUGGUAAUAAUUCUCACGAUGUUGGCAGGCACCGUCAUGGAAACGCGAAAGGGCCGGGGAGACACCAUGGAAAGGAUCAGAAGAAAAGGAGGUGGAAUGAGAUUCAUGGUGACGCUGAUGAUUUUAGGAUGGAGAAGCGACAUCGCGAUUUUCCUUACGAUGAUGGUUUUAAUAAGAGAUUGAAACCCAUGUCGCCCGAGCCCGGCGAAGUUAUCGAGACAGAAUCUCAGGAAUCUUCUUACGAACCUUCGAGAACGCCCAUACUCCCUGUAGGUGGCCUCAAAGAGGCGCCAGAACUAAAGGAGAACAAGAACUCCAAUCCACAAACACCUGGUCCUAAUUAUAGUAGUGGGGAGCGUGAUCAUGAGACAACGGAUCACCAGCCUAAUACAUUGCCGGUAGACGACCAGGGCCGUCCUAAGUCUCGCUUGCCAACACCGUCAGAUCAGCCGGUCGAUACCACACCAUCAUAUGAUCGGCCACCAAGCAGACAGAGCUCCAGGAGUCGUCGUUCUUCCAUUGGAAGUCAAGUUUCCCAAGCCUCUUCGCUUGAUCCGAUUGAGCGCGAAUUGCUUGGAAUGGGACGACCUUCAAAUGGUACCAGUGACGCCGGAGAUGAGUCCCCGAAACGACCGGUGAAUGAUAAGACAGCGAAACUCAAGCGACGCCAACCUAGGCUUGAGGCGUACUCGCGUCGUUGGUAAAGGCUUGAAGCCUUGGAGAUUCAUGAUGCCCGAUAUAUGGCAUUCCAAAAAGCUAUAGAAUCAAUCAGCCUCAUGGCUACGAAAUACGCGUUAUUGAAGAAAUGCGAAAACAUCU